AUGCGUGGUUUCCGGGUGUCAGUUUCGUGGGACUCUUCCGAUGCCCACAGGGCGAUAUCCGUGCUGGAGGAGGUGGAGCGAAGGAGCCUGGAACUCAAUGUGAUCCCCUGCAACGCGGUGCUCAGUGCUUUGGCCAAGUGUUCGCAAUGGCUCCGAGCUGUCCAAGCACUGUGGAAGAUGCAGGCCAAAAGAAUUCAGCCAGAUGACUUCAGCUUCGGGGCGGCCAUUACGGCCCUCGAGAAAGCCGGGUGCUGGCAGCAUGCCAUCGGGAUGUGGAUGCAGAUUGAAGCCAACCAGGUGCGGCCGAACUUGAUCCACUGCAACUCCGCCAUCAGCGCGUGUGAGAAGGCCGGUGCCUGGGAGGCGGCCUAUGACAUGCUGGUGAUGUUGCAAAGCAUCGCCCUGCGUGCCGACGCGAUCACGUGCAGUGCGGUCAUCAGCGCAUGUGAGAAGGGAGACUGUUGGGAGCAGUCGCUGGACCUCUUGGCAUGGAUGGGCCGCACACACCUUGAGGCGGACGUAAUUUGCUGCAACGGCGUCAUCAGCGCCUGCGAGAAAGGCGGCCGAUGGGAGCAAGCUCUCCUCAUCCUCCGAUCUGUGACGGCCUCCGCGCUCCGCCCCACCCGGAACACCUUCAACGCCGCCAUCCGCGCCUGCGGGCGGGAUGGUCAGUGGCAGAAUGCCUUGCUCCUGCUUGGGGAGAUGGAGCAUGUGGUGCUGACGCCGGACGUCGUCACGUACGGGGCGGCCAUAUGCAGUUGCGACCGGGAAGAGUCCUGGGAGGUCGCGAUGGCACUGCUCAGCCAAGCGCAGGUAAGAGUGUCGGAGUGGGAGACGUUAGAUGGUCCGACCUGGCAUUAUUUUGCACAGAACCUGUGCGAGAAUCUGGCCGAUGACUGUGAGGUCCCGGUCCGACUGGAAGGCAUUGACCGUCAUACUUGCCCGACGCCCCUCUGGGAUGCCCUGCUCAAUCUUCAGACAGACCUGCCCGGGGAACCGGCCCUUCUGAUCUUGGAGAACAUGGAGGCCCUUGGUGUUCCACGUGGUCAGAUCUCAUUCAACACCUGCAUGCAUGCCUUAGAGGAGCAGUGGGCGUGCUCCCUGCAGCUGCUUGCCCGGCUGCGCCGGGAUCCUCGCGUAGGACCCGACCAGACCACGUACACGUUGUUCUUCAAAGCCCUGGUGCUCCGCGAGCAAUGGGAGGAGGCACUUCAAGCCUUGGAUGACAUGAAGGACGACUCGGUUCCACCUACCGCCUUUCGACGCGCCCGACGUGCCACGAGCGCUGCUGCAGAGGAUGCGCUUCAGAUGCAGCCAGAUCCGUGUUGCGAAGCCUUCUAG